AUGCCGCUGAAGAAGAAGAACUUGAAAAAGAAGGUCGGUGGGAAAGUCGUAAACGGCGAGGGGUCACCCAAGGCCUCACCCAAGGCGGCACCCGAAACAACGGCGACUUCGCCGAAGCAGUCGCCCAAGGCGGCUCCGGCUGCAGAGCCGGUGGCAGCCAAAAAGGGCAAGAAGGACAAGAAGGAGAAGACUCCCGAGGCCAAGGCCAAGGCAUCCCCCAAGGCGGGCGCUGCGUUCAAUCCGCCCAAGCAAGGCCGAGCGGCCCCACGGCCGCCCCCGACUGAGGCCGAACGGGAAGAAGCCAUGAAGAAGGCCAUUUUGCUCAUAAAGGAAGGUAUCGCCACCAAGGACCAAUCCAAAGGCGCGCCUUUCAUCCUCGAGAAUUGGCACCAGGAGUGGAAGCCGGUUCUGGGGCCAUACCGCAAAUUCGUGGAGAGCUGCGCUUGCUUCCGCAUCGUGCAGGGCAGCGCGCCAGCCCACUAUAGCAUCCAAGUGGUGGAUGGUGCCGAGGAUGGCCACAAGGCAUUCUGGCUUGUCAACCUCGAGAAGGCGUGGCAAGCCUACUGCCGGCUCAAGAAGGACAAGAGGAGUGUGGAUGAAUUCCUCAAUGCGGCCAAGGAAGUGGUACGAAAAGAAGUGCCUGUUGCCGCAGAGGAACCUGACACAGAGAAGGGCAAGAAGCGAAAGGACGAGGCACCCAAGGCGAAGUCCUCCAAGAAGGCAAAGACCAAAGCCAAGGAGUAG